UUUGGUUUGUUGGUCAGAUGUUCAGUUGGUAUGUCCGGGUUAUUCGCGGGAGAUUAUUACAGAUAUUUCAUCGACGACAAUGCCACCUAAAAUGAAAUUUGUGGAAGGAGAGAAGGUUCUCUGUUUCCAUGGACCACUUCUCUAUGAAGCAAAGUGUGUAAAGUAUGAAACUAAAGACAACAAGGUCCGAUACUUCAUCCAUUACAACGGCUGGAAUAAAAAUUGGGAUGAAUGGGUACCAGAAAGCAGAGUGCUGAAAUGUAAUGAUGCCGGUCAGAUGAAACAAAGGGAAUUACACAAGGCUCACCAGUAAGUACAUUCAAUAUUUGC